CUGGACAUUGAUUGUGAAAUACUUUGUUGUUCUUUAAAGCUUAGGACACUACAACAGUUUAUAUUUUCACACCCUACAGCUCAUGGGAGUAGUUCAAGUUUCCCCAUAUUUGUCUUUGAAUUAGUGAUGCAAUUUAUGUUAUGAUAGUUUAUUUAGUUGUGCAGUCCCAACACACAGCUGAAUACAUUAGCAAAAUUAUCAGAAUGGAAAUUCAACUCUUAUUUCACUUCAGACAUCAGUUAGCAUAUUUCAGGUACUUUCAGGUGACAGAAAACCUUUAGCCCUUUCAGGGCUGCCUUGUCUUUUAAUAGCAAUGAACCCAAACCUCUGCCUAUAAUACUACAAUAUGUAAACAUAUCAUUCAUUAUUUCUUUCACAAUUCACUAUAAAGUAAAGACCCAAUUAAGUAAAAUGGCAUUUUUUUCUUUAGUCUAUCAGGUCAACCAAGUUAUUUGCACUUGAGAUUCCUUCCCAUCAAUACAUACCCCUUCAAAGAAGCUUGAACUUUCCUCUAAACAACCCUUGAGAGUACAAAGAGCAUUCAUUCGGUAUCUAAUUUUCAAUGACUUCCUUCAGUGUUACUAACUGAAGUGCUGGCUGAAUGAACAAAGAGAUGGCAUAGGAAUAAAUAAUAACUUAUAGCAUUUAACAAUUUCCAAGGAAAAAGCUACAUGUGAUUGGUCCACUUAUCUGUCACCUUUUUUAUAUAUAUCUGGUAAGAACGGUAAACCUGGAAGUUUCCAUUCUCAUCCCCAGCAUUUGAACUUGUUUAGUGGAAUAAAUUGGGCAUCAGAAUACUAUUAUUAAUGGAUGGCUGUACAACACUGUUCAGGAACAGGAUGUGGCCAUGGAUUGUUGUGAUAUACGUAGUCCAAGGGCUUGUUCAUUCAAAAGAAGCAACGAGAACAAAAAGAGCUGUGGAUCCAGAAGCCUUUAUGAACAUUCAUGAACUUAUUACACACAAAGGCUAUCCCAGUGAGGAAUAUAAAGUGAUGACAGAAGAUGGAUAUAUACUUAGCAUUAACAGAAUACCAUUUGGUGUUAAGAAUCAAGGGAAUACAGUUUUGAAACCAGUGGUGUUUCUACAGCAUGGUUUACUGGGUGAUGGAAGCAACUGGGUUAUGAAUUUCAAUCACAAUAGUUUGGGCUUCAUCCUGGCAGAUGCUGGCUAUGAUGUUUGGCUUGGAAACAGUAGAGGAAACACCUGGUCUAGAAGCCACCAAAAUCUGUCUAUAGCUCAUGAUGAAUUUUGGGCUUUCAGUUUUGAUGAGAUGGCAAAGUAUGAUCUUCCAACUAUAAUCAACUUCAUACUGCAGAAAACUGGACAACAGAAGCUGUAUUAUGUUGGCUAUUCACAGGGUGCUGCAAUAGGAUUUAUAGCCUUUUCAACAAUGCCAGAGCUUGCUCGGAAGGUGAAAAUGUUUUUAGCAUUAGCUCCUGUGGCUAGAAUUAAAUAUGCCAGAAGUCCUGCAAUGCAACUCUUGAAUCUUCCAGAAAGAUUCCUCAGGGUUAUACUUGGCAAAAGAGAAUUCCUUCCUCAGAAUCAAUUAAUCAAAAGUAUUCUUACCACAUUCUGUGGCCAGGGACUCUUUCCUAGGAUUUGUAGAAAUAUCUUCUUCCUUCUCAGUGGAUACAAUACAGAAAAUAUGAAUACAAGCCGAAUAAAUGUGUAUGUGGCUCAUUUACCUGCUGGAACAUCUGCUCAGAAUAUACUGCAUUGGAGCCAGGCCUACCAUUGUGGAUUAUUCAAAGGUUUCGACUGGGGUGAUGAGAACAAGAAUAAGGAAAAGCACAACCAGCCUGUCCCUCCUAUAUAUAAAGUGGAAGAUAUGAAUGUGGCAACAGCAGUGUGGUCUGGAGGAAAAGACCUGUUCUCUGAUCCAAAGGAUGUUGCUAUACUCCUCCCUCAGAUCGGAAAUCUUGUUUUCCAUAAAGCAAUUCCAGAAUGGGCUCAUCUGGAUUUCAUCUGGGGACUAGAUGCACGUCAACGCAUGUAUAAUGAAAUGAUCACUCUGAUGAGGCAGCACGCCUAAAUCUUCUAAUACAAAAUUUUGUCUUGUUGUUUUACACACCAGCCAAAACAUCUAGAAGAUUUUUUCACUUCAAACCUUGCAGCCCAUUUCCUCCAAUCUUUUUGCAAAUUCAAUAACCAUUGAGAUUCAUGGAACUUACUACUGAGAAAGGAAAUUUAUUUUUAUUGUACAUUGCUUAAUGAUAGUUUCUUCUGAACUAAAUUUCAGAAUACAAUAUGGCAAGUUUUUGUAGCAGAAUAAUAAAAAUUAAUCUUGAAUUAUUUCCUUUGCAAUAAUUUCAAA